AUCCAUCACAACGUUUCCCCCUCGCAAUGCAUCCCACACUCCUUCUCCACGCUGUUCUGCCUGUCGCCCGGCCACUCUUUCCACCCCUCUCGCUUACAUAUACCCCCACCGUGUACCGUACUACGCACCACACGGCUCUGUAGGCCAAGAUGCCGCGGGAAAACAGCUUCAGCGAUGACGGUCGCUCACUGACCCCCGACCUCGAGAUCGAAGGACAGCCCGCGUCACCGAAAUACGACAUCUCCUCGUCGUCGUCCCGCCUCGGAAAACACGGCACGGGCUUCAGCUCCUCUGCCCCGCCUCCGGCGCCUCUCGACCGCUUCCGCGGCAUCGCACGCAAAGUGAUCGCCAUGCAUCGCUCGACGUCCGUGCUCAGCCCCGGCUCGCCCGUGUCGCAGUUCCACCACCAGAACCAGCACCAGCACCGCUCGGUCGGCGCGGAGCCCGGUAUCGACCCGCGCCGCGCCUCGGCGCAGGCCCAGUACGGGCACAUCCAGGAGGACUGCGUUAUCGAGGUGGUCGACUACUCGGUCGCGCGCACCUCGUUUGGCCGGAUGACGAAUCGCGAGUUUGUGCGGUAUAUGGCGGACGACGGGGCGUGUGCGCGGGAGUCGUGGGUUAAAGUGCGGUGGAUCAAUAUUGGGGGGAUUAGCUGGGACGUCGUCAAGGCGCUCGCGGAGCGGUAUGAACUGCAUCCACUGGCGCUGGAGGACGUUUUCGUGACGAGGAGCCAGACACGGUCCAAGGCGGAUUACUAUGUCAAACACUUAUUUUUGCGGAUCCUCUGUCAUGAACUGGUGGACGACUCUUCGCCGUCGUCGUCGGCCUCUGCUGCGCAGGGCUCGACGCUGACGGACUUACCGCGCUCCGAUUCUCCGAUCCCAUUCACGGACGCUGACGACGAACUGGAGAUGAAAGAGCUGGGCAAAGGCGACUUCGGACCCGACGCUCCCACGCUACGCAACCCCUCCAUGCGGCGUCGAUCGCGCAAGCGCAACCCGUUGCUACCGACGUCCCGAAAAGACACGCACUUGACCAGCCCUAAAUCGCGUCUGUCGAACCUAUCCGCUAUCCGCCACGACAACGCAGAGCAGCGCACAUCAGAAGAAGCGGCACUGCGGGCGCUCAAAGGCGGCACCGAGCGCGUCAACGUCAAAGUUUCGCCUAUGUUCGUGUUCCUAUUCCGCGACGGCACGGUUAUCUCGAUGCACUCCGCACCUUCCGUCGAUCUGACACUCCCGAUCACGCGCCGGCUGCGGCAGCGCGAUACGGGGCUUCGUUCGUCGGCCGAUUCGUCGUUGCUGGUGCAGAGUCUGGUGGACUUGAUUGUCGAUAAGGGUCUCGAGGUCAUUGACGCCUACCAUGUCAAAAUCCGCAAGUUUGAGCGUGAGAUCCUGCUCAAGCCCAAGAUGUCGACGGUGCGCAACCUGCACAUCCUCUCCGGAGACUUGAUUCUGCAUAAACGAACACUGGAGCCGAUCAAGACUGUGAUCUAUGGGCUUCGGCGAUACGACGACGAGCGGGCGGCCGCAUUGGUCACGGAAAUUACUCCUGGUGGAGAAAAGGUGAAGGGAUUCAUGAGCCACAAGAGCAAGAUCUAUCUCGCGGAUGUGCAUGACCACAUGGAGUACAUCCUCACCAGUCUGGAGAUGUUCGCGGGCAUCGGGGAGAAUCUGAUUGGAUAUACCUUCAAUAUGGCGUCAUACGAAAUGAACGAAGUCAUGCGCCGACUGACGCUGGCGACCAUCAUCUUCCUCCCGCUCACUUUGCUCACGGGGUACUUUGGUAUGAAUUUCAAGGUUAUGUGGAGUCUGACUGGACACUCGGAUCUCUUCUUCUGGAUCGUGGCUCUUCCUGUCAUGGCCAUCGUCAUUCCCCUGUGCAUCUCGCAGGACAUUAUUCGCGUCCUGCACUAUGCUCGAAAACAUCUUUUUAAAUGGUAGUCUAUAUGUUGGCAGGUCGUUACAGUACAUUACCACAGGGACUUUCGCUGAUACACUAAUGGAAGCUUUCGCGACAACGGCCACAGCCUGCUUUCGCUGCCCCAGGAUUUUCGACUGGAUUGAGCGUGAUACUGUGAAUUUACUCACAGUACUCGCUGCAGCACGGAUCAGUGAUGUACAUGAGUGCCUGCAGUCGGAUGUUGGCAUGCAAAGAGUGAGUGCAUGUAGAUCUUUGGCUUGGAUCUUACAAAGGUCCGGGUCAAACACAAUCACAUACAACAAUUUACAGUUACAAAAGUGCAUUCGGAUUGGAGUUGGAUCAGCCAUUGAUAUAAUCCCUCCGUAUCUUGCAUGUUGAACAGAUUCGAGUUGUUCUGGCUACGAAACGAUUCGGCCGGGCCACCAGAACACUCAACAAUCGAAUCAAUUUCGGGAUCCAUAAAGACUGCACUAACCUCCCUGUCGAAGGCGUGGGGACCAUCCUGGUCAAUCCGCCGCGCCCGGCCGAGGGUUGAGCAUGUGUACAAUAGAAAGUCUGAUGCAGAUUUGUGACGGUUCUGAUGAGCCAGAACAAGCAACAUGGUCCAACAAGGAGGUGCUUUUUCGGUGAUAUCUUCCUCCUCCAUGCCUGUGUUAUCCGAAAGCCAAGUCAAGUCCGACAACAGAAGCAAAGACGUGAAAUUGGUACAGAUACAUAUCAAUCAAUCAGAUAUGGCGCUCUCUGGCAGAAGAAAACUCUUCUUGCCAACUGGAACACUGCCACGGAACGGAAGACCGUCCAGUUCCAUGCCUCGAUCCCCGGGAAACGGCAGUCCCGAAACUUCGACUCCAACAGCGGCAGAGCCAAGCAGACCAGCGACAGCACCUCCCGAUCCAAAAAUCACCUUACAGGAGACGUCAGUCAGAGAAUCAACAUCGACAAGAACAUGCGCCCACAGACCUUGGAAACAAAAUUGCUGAACUCCUUCUGGCGUCCGGGAAGCACCUCCAACGGAACGUCGACGAUCUUCGCUGUGACAGCGAAAGCAGCCCCUUCGCCGUCAGCUGGAGGAACGGGCCCGCUCUGAGCUGGAAGCCAAUCUUCCGGUCGUAUACGGCCAAAGGCGUGCUCCGGCAACGGAUCGGGCAACGUCAAAUUGACAUCGUCGGGGACCUCGCCAUCGAACACGUACACAUCCGGCAGGACCUUGCUCACGUGCAAGCCGACGUCCAUGCCCUUGGGUAGCACGAUCUUCGCGUAAACGGUCCCACUCGCAGUGAACGCGGGACUGCCUGGCUUGAUAGACAUAUCGUGGAUUGUCACAUCACGCAGUAUUUGGGGUCGCGGAUUCGGUGCUGGGAAGUCGAGGUCGAAAGUCAGCCCGGGGAUCAGACCGGUGGAUGCGACAAUCGGGUUCGGGAGACCGGAGAGGUAGCGGGUCAGAAAUGAAGACAGGAGGGGCGUAGAUUCGGCGGAGAUGGGCAGUACUGUGCCUGAUAUGCUUAAUGUGAUGUUCGGAUGAGUGAGACUGAAAGGUUCGGUCUGGACUGAGGCGAUGGGAACAGGCUCUGCAGCGGGAAGGGAGAUGGUAAACGGCAGCGAUGGAGAUGUCAUAUUGAAAGACAUCGGCGCUGGGUCGAUCACUGUGGCGCAUGCAGUCAAAUCAAGCGUUUGCAGCGACGAAGAGACGCUGAAAGAUUGCAGCGUGAUCAGCUCGGAAAGUGACAACGGGUUGCCCGGAUGUGGAAGCCCUGGAAGAGCCGGAACUAUGCCCUGGUCAAUCACAGCGGAAAAAGAAAGUUGCAGGCGGAGACGUACUGGGUAUUGUCAGGGAAGUUUCCAGAUUGGAGAGUUGCUUCUGAAGGAUGCUUCUCCACGACGAUUCUUGCAAAGCUCCUCCAUGUACAUCUACAGCCCCGACAUCAGCCCGAACAGCCACCGUGCCGUCCUUCCAAGAUUGCCGCAAGAAGUCAACCAAGGCUGAAGCAUUGCGCGAGGGACGUAUAAACAGCGGAAGAGCGACUCUCGUCAGCCAAGUCAUGUCGGGCGGCGGGUCCGUCGUCAAAGGAACGACGACGGGGGGUGAGUCGAUGGUGGCUAGCACGAGGGACGGGUCCCUCUGCGAGACGAUCGAGAUGGUGCUCAUGUUCACCGACACACGAUCGAGGCGGCCGACGCCCCACCUCCCAAUCGCCUUCCACCACGCGCGCAAGAUGUUGUCGUCGUCCGGCGACGGAUUCACGCCAAUGACGGACCCCGCGUCGAACCCCAUGCGGCCCUCGACCCGCACCCAGAGCCCUCCGCUCAGGCUGACAUUGAGCACGUCCACCCGGUCUGGGCCCAGGAGCGUCAUGCCUUCCUCGAGGAUGUCGUCGCCGGACACAUGCGAGGCACGGGAGGCAUAGGACCAGGCGAGGAGGACGCAGCCUGCGCAGAGCACGAUGCACGCGAGGAGGGAGAGAAGGAAGACGCGGGUGAGCUUGGAGAUGAGCCGUCUCCGCACGGCCGCGGGGGGUGGUUCUUCGUCGGCAGGUGUCGAGGAGUUUGAGCCUAAGAGUGGGGUGCGCUCGGUGGGCUCUUCAGCCCGGCGCUUCCCCUUGUCCACGGCAGGCGGCGGUGGGUCAUUGGUGGAGUUCAUUAUGAGGUUGGCAUGCGGAUGGGCUUUCGGCUCGGCACGAGGCUACUCGGAAGCGAAGUAACGCUGCAAUCGGUUGAGAGGGUGGGAGUACGGACGAGGUGGAUCUUGUGACAGGGAGGAACGCGGUCACGAGCUCAUAUUCCUUUCAUGACGACGCUCGUGUUCUUGGGUGCUCCCAAAUCGUCAGAGCUGGACCGCGAUGUCAACGAAUACCAUUGGCGCACGGUAAAAUCUGGAGCACUCGAAAGAGACCUCGACUUUGUUCCCUUUCCUCCAGCUACUCUCGAAGCCGCGAGUCGGCGAAUAUCGCUCAUAUAUCAAAACGUGAUCUUCCGAAACGACGAGGAUGAGGGAACAAUGAACGAAGAGGAACAGAAGACGUUCUUCACUUGGCCCCCCACCGCCGAGGGAGACGGUGGCACCCAGGAAUCUCACGACGCACAGUCGAUCCCGUCCUUUCUGGAACUUUCCAAAUCCAUGGCGCGGCCGCAGGGCGGCGACAGCACACGGUAUGAUACUCAGCUAGAGACGCAAGAGAGCCAGACAUUCAACUACUCCGACGCCUCCUCGAUCGCCCGGUUUCCUAAUUUCCACUUUUCUAUGCACACGCUCUCGUCGCUAGCUGCGCUUACAAGGAGCACGGUCAAGGGUACGAAGAAGGUCACGCUGCUCCUUGCCGCGCUUGAAGUCGACGGACCCGACACGAUAUAUCUGAAGAAAGGCAAGGACGCAGGCCAAGAGUGUUCCGUUCUCAAGAUGAUUCUGGGGGAUGAAGACGGAAACAUGUGCAAGCUGACUGCUUGGAGGGAUGUCGCGCACGACUGGGGUGGGAUGGGAGAUGAAAUCGGCUGCAAACGCGGCGACAUACUACUGCUUACUGAUGUGCUGGCCGCGUUCGAGCCGGGGACGACCGUCACCCUCACCGCAUCUCCGUGGCAGAAGCCGAAGAUGCAGAUAUGCUAUAGGACCAUGCCAUAUACCCCGAACGAUCAACGUCUCCGGCCGGACCUGCGAUUGGGUGCCAGCGAUGCUUCAGUGCGAAAGGUUGCUGCGGUAGUGCGAUGGUUUGAGGACAUGGCAGGCCUUGAGAAAGGUUCUUAGAGGUAACUCAAGUGCAUGGAGUCGCAUGUUCGGUGUGAUUCCAAGGAAUCAAGUACGUCACUGGAUUUGGAUGCCUUCUCGCUGAUGC